AUGGAGGAUAUACCAGACUUGACUGUCUCUGUCGACCUUGGUACUACCUUUACAGGUGUGGCCUGGAUGAGGCAUGGGAUCCCCAUACAAAUCGUCAACGACUGGCCUGGCAGCGACGACAGAGGCGAUCGAAAGGUCCCCACGACCAUCGUAUACAACUCCGAUGGCAGCAUCUCCUCAUGGGGAUUCAUGUGCGCAGACGACGACCAUGACACGAGCAAAACCCGACGUGACUUCUUCAAGAUCUUCUUGGAUCCAGAUACUCUCGAAGCCGCACAGCAGCAAAGCCUCAGCAAUGUUCCGCGCAGUACCGCUGAGGCUCGUCAGUUUGUGACAGACUACCUUAGGCAAGUAUAUACACAUGUCAAAGACAGUAUAGAAAUACGCAUGGGUAUAAAACGAACUGGUGGGUGGGAGAAAAUGGCUGUGUUGUUCCUCUUCAGUGCGCCCACAACAUGGACCAGCAUGGGCAUUAUCAACGCAUUCAAGGGCGCCAUCCACGAUGCCGGAUUCGGAGUUGAAGGCCCCAGGCACUCAGCAUUCGUGGAUCUCACAGAAUCUGAAGCCGCAGCUGUCGCAACUCUCAAGACAGGGGCCGUAGCCCUCCGAGAAAACAGCAUUUUCCUAACUGUCGACGCAGGCGGUGGCACAACAGACCUCGCCCUUAUGAAAGUCACUUCGACAGACCAUAACUUCCCACAGCUCUCCCAAGUCGCCGCCGUCAGUGGUGUCGGUGUUGGCUCGUCGCUCAUCGAUCGCGCUUUCGCUAGACUUGUCUCGCAAAGGAUGGCGGCAAACCCUGACUUCAAGCUGCCUGCUGACUUUGCAGCACGCAUGGCUCGAAGUCAAGGGUUCAAGAGCGUGAAACACAAGUUUGGUGAAAAGGUAUACAUGCAGCAAGUAUACAAGAUUAUGAUGGAGGGGGUGGGAUACGAUGUGAGCCACAAAGGGCUUGGGGUCCAAAAUGGCCGUAUGCUCUUUCAAAAACAAGAUAUCCAGACACUUUUCGAUGUCCAUAUCGAAGCAAUUAUGAGCAGGAUCAAGAAGCGACUCGAUUGGUUAACUGAGGAGGGCCUUCACGAUCAAGUGGAAUACGUGAUUCUCUCAGGGGGUCUCGGAAGCUCUGCAUAUGUGCGCGAAGCACUCCAAGACCACUUGACUAAGCUCCAACAUCCCAAUGCUCGGAGCAUCAUUGUCAUACCAUCACAAGAUCCGCAGCUCAUAGUUGCUCGAGGAGUCUUAGAGAAUAAGCGUCAAAAGAUCGAAUCAGGGAACAAAUCCGUCAUGAGCAGCUGGAUCGCCCGAGCGAGUUACGGUGUCAUCGUUCAAGAAGUAUAUAUGCCUGCGCACCACUUUGAUGCUGACGUCCGAGACGACCCAUGGGACCCGAGUGUGAAGUGGGCAACGAAUCAAAUUCAAUGGUUGAUCAAAAAGGGAGACACCGUCGAUCCUGACUCUCCGUUAGCCAAACCCUUCGAGAUCAGGCUGAAAGAUGGCGACACGACCCGAGCUUGGGACGCAGAGAUCGUUGUAUCAAACAACGAGCCAAAAUGGCUUCCUCGAAGUCUUAAGCAAGCUGGCGCUAUGAAGCUCUGCGCUGUGAAAAGCAACCUUGCCGGUGUCGAACAGCAUCAGCUCGUUUUGAAAGAGAAGAGAGGCACCUGUUUCCGCCGUGGUCACAAGUACUACAUAUGUAGAUUCGAUAUUCGAGUGAUUGUAGCGCCGGCAGACUUGAGAUUCGAACUGUGGUUUGGUGGGACAAAGUUUUCUGGUAACCAUCAGCCCAUCUCAGUCCAGUGGGACGCUGCCGGUAAGUGA